GUGUGUGUAAAAAGGCGGAAUAAAACAAGAAAUCAGUCGUUUUCGAAGUGGUUAGGCGUAGGAAGACGGUAUGAAACCGAAUGCGUGUUGAGGAAAGGGUCGCAGCAUCAACAAUAGUAAUCUCCCAAUAAGCCUAUGUAUGUGCGUCGCCCAAAGCAUAUGCGUGGUAGGACGACAGGAGAUGAACGGUGUUGCCGUCCACGCAGGCUGUCCAUAGAUAUUUUCGUUUGAUUCUGAUGUGCGUGUCUUAAUUUAGAAGUGUGUUUCUAUCGAAUACUGCUGGUCUUUUGCGUUGUUGUAUUUGUAACAAAGUGAUGUGGCCACUGGGGCGGAGACUGGGUGAUCAUCAAAGGAAAUAAUUUUUCAAAAGGUUUCCGAUUUUUGUUCUUCCUAUGCACCUUAUUGCUGCUGCGCAAUGGUAACGAAGAGUUGUUGGCAUAAGGAAGUCAGUAGGAGAUAAUGUGUAGCAUGUAAAAAAGUUUAAAAUAACUAUAAGUACAUUUUGACGGUGCGAAUUAAGAAAACAGAAAAGAGAGAUCUACAGUUUUAGGGAUCCAAUCGUCGAAGUGCUUUUAAUCGUUUCACGGGCUUGAGACCUCGCGUGCAGCUAUCUUAAGGAUACGCCGAUAAUCUGUAAGCCGUCAAGGUUUGCUUCGGCAAAUGCAGAAAGUCUAAAGACGUCUGUUUACGCUGGACGCAGCGGAAAGUAUGCCUCUAAUUUUUUUCCUCCUCCGUAGGACAUUAGACAUUCUUGACAAGUCAGAUUUAUUAUACAUGGGCGAUAAGGUCCUGUCUAAAAGCUGUACAUGGACAAAAUAGAAAAUGACAUGUGUAUAGCAUAAGCGAGUUCUAUCUAAUCUAUAAAGGCUUAUUAAUUCGAUGAUUAGAUAUUAUGACCUAAUGUUCGUGGAUAGCGUAGCUCACGAAGUACCUAUCCAGAGGAGAGUUCCGCACCAUUACCUUCAGGAUCAACCGGCUCCGGCUCGUCGCAGAGAUUCUAGCGCCGAGCCUGAAGCAGCUGUUAAAGUGGCCUCCAUGAUUCAAGUCCUUGAAACUCAGGACCCGCAGAAUUCCAGACUUUAUCCCCAGCCUUCAGUAAGACGGCGACGGUCUCGUCAAGGAUCGUUGGUCGGGCGGCCUACACCUCCCGUUAGGCGCCUUCGACCCGGAUCCCUUCGGAGCAAGGAAAGCACACCAGGCUGCGAAUGGCCCAGUGUGUCUACAUCAGAGGAUCCCCUGAGGAGUUCCGUGCAAACUACUCAACCGUCACUAGACGUUGUCGUUGAGCAUGAUAUCUUUGAUACUAAGGUUAUCUAUCCUCGUAUGCCACCCUCGGAGCCCGUCCUGGAAGCCAAAACUGUGCGAAAUAUGCAACGGACCGAAAUUCCAAUCUACGACCAACCUCGUAGAAUAAAGCUAGUCGACAUGGAAAAAGAAACCGAAAACAUUAUUACUCAAGCGCGCGAACAUCUGUCCGUUCAAGUGGUCAACGCCCAAAAGCCAUCUAGAACACCGUCUCCCAAUCGAGUUCCUUUGUUAAUGACGCCGGUUGACGCGCCUAUACAUUCAAUAGAAACCCAACGAAAAUCAUCACCCAAGACUGAGAUUAUUCCAGUGGUGGAGCUCCCGGUCGUUGUGCAAAAAUCUACAUCAGAACCACUUCCUUAUGUCAACCCAAGUGGCCCCCAAAUCACUGUUCCGCUUAGUGCUGUCCCGAAGGCACCGAACAAAUCGCCUCAGCCUGUUGUAAAGACUCAAUCGCAGUCGAGUGCAAAACGGCAGAUAAAUGAGAUUGAUUCAACAACAGUCGAGCCUAUACUCAGUGAGGAAAAAGGGUGGCCUCAGCAAGAGGAACAGGCCCCAACACAGAUGCUUCAAGAGUCAUUUAAACUGCAGUUUUCGAUGCCGUUGGCAAAUGCAACGCCCCAUAUGCAAGCUGAAAAGUCACAGUCCGCACAACAGUCGUCACAGCAGCCGCUACUUUUACAGCAGCAAUCACCAAAUCGUCUGCCUACGCCGCAUGUAAGUGUGGAUAGAAUUCCCUCUCCCAAAACUCCUUCUAAUUCAGCAGUGAAAGGUGAGAAUGCUCACGAUACCUCACGACUAGCGUCAUCUGCUACUGCUCCGAUUGUCCACCGGGAGGUCCUCGAUGAAUCGCAUCUAGGCACAAUUUCUCCAGAGUCUCUUAAAGACUGGUAUGACGACGAAAAUUACCCAUGUAAUGAAGAUAAUGAGGAUCAGCCAAUUAAACGUAAGCCAUCGAAGAUUAUGCGUAAGAUACAAGGGCUUUUUGAGAAAAAAAAGCCAGAUGAGGAGCCGACAAACGAAAACACUGAGCGUAGGCGGUCAGAUCAACUUGAAAUAUCUCUGUCGCUGAGUGCGCGAGAACCGACAACGCCAACGAAAAAAUCCAAAUUUGGGCAAUUUUUCAGUUUUAACAGAAAGGACGAAAAACAGAAGCAUACACUACCUUCAGAGAUUGUCGGGCCUGCCCUUCAGGGCCCAGUGGAUAUUCCUCAAGGUAUGCUAGCAAAAGUGUUCAUUAAUAGGCUUUCGGAAGAGAAGCAGACAAGAAUCCGAACACACAGCUGUGCUCCACCAGUGAUCGAUUUUCGGGACUGGUCGCCGAGCACCGAAGAUUUAACUACAACUGAGCGAGGAAAAUCCGCAAAAAUUAGGAGCCCGCCAAAAACUUCGAUAUACUAUGUGCCUGAAAUCCCGCCUUUUCAGCCAAAGUCAGCGCCUUUAGACAAUACAGCAGUGACAUCAGAACACGCUCAUAAAGGUGAUUUAGAAGCGACAGGGUUAAAAACAUUUGGCCCGCCAGAGUGGCCAUUGGAAGCGCAGAAUUCCCCCUACAGUAGUUGUCGUGACCGGGCUAACGCCAAAACGACCGUUUUCAGACGGACCUCGUUGGCCAGCGAUGAUGUCAGUGCGAUGUACGAAGAGUUCUUUGAUAAAGAGCAACGCGGUAUCCUUUUAGAGGAAGCUACAACAACCGCUGCACUUAGCGCACACGAGCUCACGUCGAAAUCAGGUUUCACUCGAAAACUGUCCACAAAAGUAGCUGCAAUUCCGCCGGAGCUUCGGGCCCCGCUUUACCGACCGCCAUCGAUCGAGGAGUCGCUUACGAAGCCGAGAAUAGCUCAGGCAGAAAUAAAAAGUCACGGCAAGGAGUCCCAAUCGGAUGUACAACAACCAGCGCCUCUUCCAACUGAAACUGCGCCGUCGAAUCGAGUUGACGGUCAGGAAGAAACACCAUUCGGCGACGAAGAAGGGGAGGCUGGUCUCUCGCGGCGCGAACGGCGCAACGUUGUCCGAGAACUGCGGAUCGUGUUCAGUAAUGCUCUUCAUCUGAUCCAACUUAUGGUGCAAGAUCUUCUAGAUGGGAUACCCAAGCAGGUGUGGCAGGAACUUCGCAUAGUUCUAGUGAUAUUAACAGCCAUGCUUUUAGGCCUCUACUUUCGAGGUAUGGUCCGUUUCAAUGGGACCUCAUUUGCCGAUCUUCUACGCGCCUUUUUUCGCGGAUUACGUGUGCUUCUUGGUAUGAUCAUUCGUGGAGGGUUAACCCUCUACGACACAAUCGACUCCAUGUUGUCAGACGCUAGUACCAAUCUAGUCGCAGACACGCUCAAAGAAAUUUAGGCGAAUCACUAUAAUUAAUUUGCUGCGUCAUUGGUUUACGUCGUAAAUGUCCUACAUCUGGGGGUUGCUUUUAGCCAAUAGAGAAGUUUGUGAACACACUGUGAUAAUAAAAAUGUACUUUAAAAUAGUAAUGGUAAUAGAGAAAAAUGUAGUACUUCAUUUCGCGUUCACAUUAUG